AUGGACAACCUCCGGCAGGAAUCUUUCAAACAGCUCCGAGCGCCAUGCGUCGAACUCAGUGCUGUGGGCCUCCGUUUCCGAGGAAAUCAAGCUUCCGCCGCCGAUGUAUCCCGAGUCCUUGAGCCGGUGCACAACUGUUUAAAGGAACUUGCGGGGAACAAUACGCUCGACGAGAAGCUAGCUGAAUAUGCAUUCUUUCCAUUGUCGCAUAUCUUCAAUGAAACACAAAGACUACCCGCACGAUGCUUGGAGUCCGCCGUCCACUGUUUGCGGAUACUGGUCGCCAAUGGGUGGCGGCAACGGUUGUCUCCUGCAAUGGGCAAGCAACUCAUAAUCCUGUUGACAUUGAUCGUCGGAGGUUCUCCAAACAAGGCGGAAGAAAAGCAACUACCGAAGCCCAAGGUUUCAGAAGAACUGUGUAUUGCUGGGUUUGACUGCCUAAGUGCUAUCUUCACGGUCUUGGAAGGAGCUGUUCCAGACCGGACAAUCUAUCACGAGAUCGGCACAGCGACGGUUGUCGAUCAAACAGUAUAUAUUCUCCUUGAGGGAAUUGUCGAUGAUAGAUCAGAUGAGCUCUGCCUGGCAGCCGCCAAAGCUUUGCAAGCACUUUAUGCUCGAGUCACCGACCGCGUGGUGCUUGCUAGCAUCAUGCCGCGAACUGUGUCGGCACUGGCUAAGAUUCUAAGGCCGUCAACGCAGACUCGCAGGUCAUACAAGCUCCUCCAAACUUCCUUGCAGAUUCUCACCGAGCUCCUAAGAGCUGUUCUCAAUGACCGUGUCGCCUCGGAAGUCUCUCCGCCCGAACUGGGAAGCGAUAAGAUAGCUCUGGAUGAGGCCUGGUUGAAGGCCACCACAACGCAGAUCAAGCUUGCGCUGGCCAAUGUUAUCCAGGUUCGCCGUCAUCAGCGACCAGAGGUUCAGUCUGCCGUUCUAGACCUUUCCCUGAUGGUAAUUGAAGAAUGCCAGACCACACUUUCAGAGUCUCUCCCUAUUAUGGUUGAAACAGUUGUUGUUCUGGCAGAUAAAGAGGACGAGGGAGUGAAUGAAGCCUACAAGAACGUAACUCAUCUUGCCACCACAUACCCUACAGUGUUGGAUUCUUUAAAAGAAUCGCUGCAUACCUGGCUCACUUCUUUCCCUCGAACUAUGCAAGGCAACGAUGAAACUGCUAAGCAGUGGGGGCUUCGUCAGAUCUCCACCGUCUUUCAGGUCCUGUCUCAAGUUCAAUCUGGAUCAGAUUUGCUUACCAGCGGUUUGGCAUCCGGCCUAUGUGAUAGCGUUGGUGCCGUUGUGAAACAAAACACCAACGCUCUCCAGCCGUUGGCCUCAAUGGAUGCUAGCUUCAACUGGGAAGUGCUUAGCACCGAGGCUAGAUCUAAGGUGUUUCCACCCAUAAUUUUGGAACACCAAAGCCAACAACAAACUCUCAAAGAUUUACGGUCAAUGAUUACUAGAUUGAACUUGUCUGAGUCUGGAAAUGAGAUCACUCAAUCAAUUGUCAACCGUAUGCACACGACAUCAAGUGAUUCUGCUAUUGCACCUUUCUGGUUGGCGAUAACUUUCUUGCGGGACAGCACUAUGGCAACAGCCAGCUUUGACGAUUUCAUUUCUCUUGAUCAUGUUGAGGGGUCCAUCUCAUCAACUGACCGUGGCGGCAUGAUUGAAGAGUUGUAUUAUAUCUCAUUGAAUAUUCUAAACGAACUGUCAGUUGAUGGAAUGGGUGACUGGCGUACAUCAGCACUCGCUCUGGAAUCCGUCGCUCUCCAAUCGCAACAACUUGGCGAGGCUUUCCGACCUGAACUCAUGGACGCGCUCUACCCAACUUUGCAGUUGUUGGCAUCACAAAACCCUAAUCUUCAACGCCACGCCAUGACAUGUCUGAAUAUCUUGACCAAUGCCUGCAACUACCCAGACACGAGUGCUAUGAUCAUUGAAAACGUGGACUAUUUGGUGAACUCGGUGGCCUUGAAGCUUAAUACCUUCGACGUAUCACCCUAUCCGCCACAGGUCCUGUUUAUGAUGAUCAAGCUUUGUGGUGCCCGGUUGAUACCUUAUCUGGAUGAUCUGGUUGAUUCUAUAUUUGGUAUCUUGGAUCUAUACCACGGUUAUCCCAAACUCGUCGAGAUGAUGUUCAAAGCCCUAGCUGCAGUCGUUGAGGAAGGGGCAAAGAAACCGUCUUUACUCACAAUCGACGAGGGCAAAGAGAAUGGCUCCCACGAUAACCGCAAGUCUCAAUACCAGAAUCUCUCCAUCUCAAGCAUCGCCGCGAACAUUGCCAACCGCAAAGCCAAACGGCAUGCUGAGGAUGAACUAGCGGAUGCUGAUGGCAAAAUCCCCCAUCCCAAAAAGCCAUGGUCAGAAACAUACGACAAACCUCCUCCAGAGCCGUCCAUCGAAGAGCUUCUGAGCCAAGCUGAAUCGGAUGAGCCGCCACUCCCACCCCCCAAAGAACCAGAAGAUGCCGAGAAGCCGCUCAGCAAAACCCAUGCCCUGCUCCUCCACAUCGUCAAAUCCAUCCCAUCCCACCUAACCACACCAUCUCCCUACCUCCGACGCUCCCUCCUCUCAAUCCUCAUCGACGUCCUACCCGCCCUAUCCCAAAAUGAAACCAGCUUCCUCCCUCUAAUCAACGAGCUCUGGCCCACAGUAGCAAGCCGAAUAAUCUUCCCCUCAUCACAAAACGAAACAUCCAAAUCCCUCAUCGCAACCCCAUCCACAGAACCAACCCGCAACCCCGAAACCCCAGACCAUCAAGAAGAAACCUUCGUCACGGUAACAGCCUGCGAAGCGAUGGAAGCAAUGUGCAAAGGCGCAGGUGAUUUCAUGGCAACGCGCGUCGAAACCGAAUUCUCCCGCUGGGACCGGCUGUACCGCCGCGUGUGGGAGAAAGUGCGCGCCGACGCCGAGGCCGCGAACGAGCGUCGUGCCAGGUCCCAAGCUACGACUGUGACUGUGACUGCCGCUGAAUCAGGAGAUUUGGCGUCCACGCUGCACUUUGCUCUCUCUUCGUCCCUUUCGCUCUCGCCCUCAACGCCGGGGUCGAGAUUCUUCACGCCGCACCACCGUCUGUGGCGUGCGUUGGUCUCCCUCUUUAUCACGGUUCUCUCGCAUGUCAGGUUACCGUUGGAAGUGGGUGAUAGGAUUUGCGAGAUGCUUGGUGGUUGGAUUGCGCUGUUUGUCGGGCCGGAGUAUUAUUUCAUUUCUUCGAGGACUUCUAUGUCUGUGGAGGAUGCGUCUGGUGAAGGUAUGGGUUCUGUUGAGGAUGCGAUUCGGGCGAUGGAGGCUUGGAAUGUGGAUUUGACGUGGUUUGUCUUUAUGCGGCAUCGCUUGAGGGCAGAUGUGGUUACUACAGGCAAUGCUGGGAACUGUGGUGGUGCUAUCAAUCUCCCUUUCGAUGGCGAGGGGGAGCAGGUUAGACUUGCAGAGGUGGCGUUCUAG